GUGGGUAUUAUAAAGUAAAAUGUUCGUGGUCAUUAUCGCUUUGUUUGUGGCAUGCAUUACUCGAUUGUUCUUAUAUUGGUAUAAAAGAGACAGUCGCUUACCACCUGGACCAAGAGGAAUACCAAUGUUAGGUGUGACUCCUUUUCUUGGAAAACAACCAGCAAAAACAUUAAUGGAAUGGACCAAAAAGUACGGUAAGGCAUACACGGUUAGACUUGGUAAUCAGGAGACGGUAAUACUAACAGACUAUGAAGACAUUUACGACGUGCAUAUUCGUCAAACUGGUAAAAUGGGAGCUCGACCACCGUUCACUGUAUUCGACGCAUACGCCAAAGGCCAGGGAAUAGUAUUUGCAACCCCAGACGUCAUAAAAGUUCAUAGGCCUUUUACAUUGCAUGCGUUGAGAAGUUUGGGAGUUGGUAAAAGUGCAAUGGAAAAUCGAAUUCAUCAAGAAACGACAUACUUGAUCCAAUCAAUCAGAGAGAAAAAAGGAAAGUCGUUCAGCCCCAAGAAUUUGUUCCUGUACGUUGCUUUGAACAUAUCAUGUUUGAAUUUUUUGGGCGAGAGGUAUUCAUACGAUGAUAAGACCUUAAAGACAACUGGAACACUACUGAUUCGUGGAUUAAGGGACAAUGGCAUGUACAUUUUAUUAACAAACACCUGCUCUUAUCUGGCAUCAAUCCCGCCGUUUAAAAAUGCAAUGAAAGGAUAUGUGGAUGAUAUGCAUCGUAUCGCAGGUGGAAGAAUGUGA